CGGGUCUGGUUAUAUAGGCGGCCAGUCAGCUGAUGCUCCCGCAUUGCAGACGGCAGAGCCUGAGAGAAAAGAUAAGGCGCGAUGCGGCGUUUCAGUUUCCUCGUUCUCCUUUGCUCGCUGGCGGCGGGAGCUUUGGCAAGUCCCCUCCUACUGCAAAAAGACUGCACGAAAGGUUCUGAGGUAUGGUGUCGGAACUUGCAAACUGCAUCUGACUGCAAAGCGGUUAAACAUUGUCGGCAAACUGUCUGGAACAAGCCUACAGUGAAAAGUAUCCCUUGUGACUUGUGUAAAGAAGUCGUAACUGUGGCUGGGAAGGUCCUGAAGGACAAUGCCACUGAGGAAGAAAUAUAUGCCUAUUUGACAAAGGCCUGCGAGUUUCUUUCUGACAAAGGGCUAGUAGCUCAGUGCAAGGAGAUGGUGGAUUCUUACUUGCCAAACAUUCUGGACAUGAUCAAGGAGGAAAUUGAUAAUCCUGAAGUCGUAUGUUCUGCACUCACACUGUGCCAGUCUCUUCAGAAGCAUCUGGCAGAAAUAAAAUUGCAGAAACAGCUUCAGUCUAACAAGAUUCCUGAACUAGACUUCUCUGAACUGGCAUCUCCCUUCUUGGCUAAUGUGCCACUUCUCCUUUACCCCCAGGACAAACCCAAGCAAAAAUCUCAGGGAAAUGGGAAAGUGUGUACAGACUGUAUUCAGCUAAUAACUGACAUUCAAGAAGCAGUGAGGGAUAAUACAACUUUUGUGAGUUCUCUGAUUGAACAUGCCAAGGAAGAGUGUGAACGCCUGGCACCUGGCUUUGUUGAUAUGUGCAAGUUGUACAUCUCCCAAUAUUCAGACAUGGCUAUCCAGAUGAUGAUGCAUAUGCAACCAGAGGCCCUUUGUAACAUGUUUGGAUUGUGUUCUUCUCUGAAAUCUGUACCUUUCCAGGCUCUGGUGCCUGCGAAAGUUAUCUCUCAGGCAAAGGUAGAACCAGUUGAGAGUAGUCUGAGUCAAACCGAAUCUUUCACUCUGUGUGAUGCAUGUACGAUUAUGGUGGAAGAGGUGGCCAGUCUUCUGGAAAGUAAUAAGACAGAGGAGGAGAUCGUAUUCGAAAUGGAAAAAAUAUGUUCUGUGCUACCUCAAAAAUUCAAGCAAGAGUGCAGGGACUUUGUGGAAGUCUAUGGGAAGUCUAUCAUUGACAUGCUGUUAGAAGCAACUAAUCCUAAAAUGGUGUGUGUACUGCUGAAAUGCUGCACAGACAAUGCAUUACCUGCUGAAAAAAUUGUUCCAGUGCAGACACAAGUUGGGGCUUUGUGUGAUGUAUGCAAGUUGAUCGUUGCUUAUGCAGACAAGGAACUGGCAAAGAAUGCUACCAGUGCUGAGAUUGAGGAUUUUCUGGAAAGAGUCUGCCGCUUCUUGCCGGAGUCUUUUAGUGACCAGUGUGUUCAGUUUGUGGACGAGUAUGAGCCUCAGGUUGUGGCGAUCUUGGCACAAGUGAUGGAUCCUGGUUUUGUGUGUACUUCACUUGGAGUCUGUGUAACAUCCUCACAGCAUCUUCUGGGGACAGAAGUGUGUGUCCAGGGACCUGGCUAUUGGUGCAAAAACAUGGAAACUGCAUCUCAGUGCAAUGCUAUUGAACACUGCAGACGUCAUGUGUGGAACUAGAAGAAAUGCCCACUUUGGCCAACUCUCUUUUUUUUCAUUCUUGAAGAAAACAAAAAGGCAAGGGUUAGGCAAGCAAGAACAAAAUCUUGGUACCCUGAUCUCCUCUGGAAGGAUCCCCAGUGUUGACUUAAAAGAUAUUUCUGACUCUAGUUUUAGUUCCUUAUGGUACACAUGAUGAAUACACAGUAAAUCAUCAAUGGUUGUCAAUUCGCCUGAGUGCCUCUGAGAAGGAGUGCUUGUAUAAGUAUAUGUAAGUAAACUAAGGACACUGCUGCUGUGUCUGGAUUAAUUUUAAAAGGCACUCUUGCUGGUGACUAACUUCUGUCUGUGAAGUACUCUUAAUUAAAACAGUUGUUGAAAUGAUGCUCCCAUGUGAAUAAUUAAUUGGUAGAAGAACCCCUUAAGUUAAAUUCUUACAAAUUAAGCAUGUGUAAUGUUAAGAAUUGGUUAAAAUAAUUGUAAAAUUUAAGAAUUGGAACAAAGCUGCACAAACGUCCAGGAGUAGCUUUUCUUCUGUAGGAAUUUUCCAAAGAGAUGAUGUGAAUAUGCCCAUUGGGCUUCCACAACUAAAGCUAAAAUGCCAUAAUAGGAUUUGUUAGUAUAAAUCCUGAGUUAUAUUCUCUUGAACUAGAAGAUGGAUGGCCCAUGCAGCAAGUACUGAGUCUUCAUUCAGGGCCUGUCAUGCAGACCAUACUAUGUUUUAGACACUUAAAGAGUUUAAGAUUUAUGCAACCUAUUCUUUUAAAUGACUUUGGUCGCUUCUUGAAAGAACAAAGCAGUAAAUUGCCAUUAUUAAACUGGAAAAUCAAGUGGUGUACCUGAUGUGUUGUGCAUGUCGCUAUUUUCCCUUGCUAAGGACAUAACUAAUGAUUUAUCACACCUUUAUGGUAAGAAGACUCUCUGCAAAAGCCUAAUAAAAAGAAGCUUGGGAAAAACAAUGUUAGUGGUAUGGUUCUAAAAAGUCAGUUUUUAUUUUUUUAUUUUAUUUGGGUUUUCAGUCUCUGGCAUUCCCUAAUGUUGCCACCCACCCUUCUGCAGGGCUUCUGUCUUAGACUGUAGCUAUUUGCAUGAUUAGACACUAUCCUGGAUAAAGCUAGAGGGAAGUUGGAAUGCUUAGAAGCAGGAUGUCAUGUGAUAGUAUGCAUCAUGACAUUUGUUUAAAGGACAGUUUUGUAUGUGUUGGGGGGUAUUAGCUGUGUGGCCCGUGGUUACUGUAGGCAGUGCCACUGAAGGUUUAGAUAGCGGACUGUGCCAUUUACCAUGUCCACUAGUGGCUUAUAUAUAACACAUAUUUCAAAAUAUCCUGCAAGCAUACGACUUGAAAGCUGUAGAACAGUGUUUGGAUAAGGGAUGAAAAUGAUCCAUCCCUUGAUCAGAAUGUAUAGCUGUCUAAACAAUUUGUUCAAAAUAUGGAUAACUUAAACCAACUAACAAAUAUAUCCAUGAAGGAGCAACAUAUUAAAGUUAGACACACAGGAGUAUAGAAACGCUUUUGGGGGAGGAAACUCAUUUUAGUGGCAGCAAACUUAAUUAUUGGUUCAAGUAAGCUACAGUAAUGAUCUUCAUGUAGCUUCACUUUAUACAUCCUAGAUGCAUUUGAGGGCAUUGACAUGAUUCUAUGACACUGAUUUUUAUGUCUGCUAGUUGGCUGUAAGUUCUUGCUACUCAGAAGUGAAUACAUGAUACAAAACAACUGCUGUGUUUCCUUUUUACCUUACUGCAGAUGUUAAGAUCUGUUUAAUCUCCUGCACUGAUAUAGAAUAAACAUUUGCCUCACAUUAGCAAUGGUUUCACUCCCUCUAAUGAUUGUCAGACAUUUGCUGGAGUGUAGUGCAGUCAGACCAUCAUUCUAGAUGCUAUUUAUUUUGCCUAAUUUUUUUUUAGCUGUAUGCAGAAUUCAAUUUCUUGCUUCUAGGAAGUGAACCUUUUCGAUGAAGACUUGGAACUGGGAUAUUUUUGUGUCAGUAUACUAGCAUUCUAAAUUUAGUGUUCUCAUGGCAUAAAACUUUCUACCUUCUAGGUAUGAACUGGGUAAAACAAGCAUUGCUACAACAAAACAUUCUCUGUUAGAUUUUUUUUUUUUUUUGCACUAAAGCUUCUGUAAUUCAACAAUAAAGGUGGAACUAAA